UGGAAAGAUAAUGAUCCCAAAAUGAAAAGGCAAAGGAAAUGGCCAACUCCUCCACCUUAAUUGCCUCAACUGAUUACAAAAUUAGCACAAAAAUAAAAUCUUUUUCUACAAACAACUCUGAUUCUCGAUUAAAUUCCCCAUUUCCCUCAACCAGAAAGCAAAAAUACUGACAUAGUUGAAGACCACACAGAGGAAAAACCCCACCUUUACCCGCCGCUGCCGAUGGGCCAAACCGCCUCCUCCGCGAGGCCCAGAUCCUCCGCCGCCAUCCCACCGUUUCCACCCGAGCCGCCCCCCGAAAAUCCCGACGAUUCCACCGAAAUCGAUUACUCUCUGAGUCUCCCCGACGAAUGCCUGGCGUGCAUAUUUCAAUCCCUCUCCGCCGGCGACAGGAAGCGCGCGUCGGUGGUGUGCCGCCGCUGGCUCGCGGUGGAGGGGCAGAGCCGCCACCGCCUCUCGCUGAAGGCGGUGGCGGAGCUCUCCGACGCCAUCCCUCGCCUCUUCGCCCGCUUCGAUUCCGUCACGAAGCUCGCGCUCAAAUGCGACCGCAGAUCCGUCAGCAUCGGCGACGAGGCGCUGAUUCUGAUCUCGCAGAGGUGCAGGAACCUCACGAGGCUGAAGCUCCGCGCCUGCCGCGAGCUCACCGACGAGGGGAUGUCGAUUUUCGCCGCGAAUUGCAGAAAUCUGCAGAAAUUCUCGUGCGGGUCUUCCAGUUUUGGGGCUAAAGGGAUGAAUGCGUUGAUCGAGAAUUGCAGAUUGCUCGAGGAGCUCUCGGUUAAGCGAUUGCGAGGGAUUACUGACACUGCUGCAGCUGAAGCAAUUGGGCCUGGUAAAGCUGCUGAUUCUUUGAAAAUUAUUUGUUUGAAGAAUCUUUACAAUGGGCAGUGUUUUGGCCCUUUGAUGAUUGGGGCUAAGAAUUUGAGAAGUUUGAAGCUUUUUAGAUGCUCUGGAGAUUGGGAUAAAUUGUUAGAAUUGAUUGCUGAUAGGGUUGAUACUUUGAUUGAGGUUCAUCUAGAGAGGAUUCAGGUUAGUGAUUUAGGGCUUUCUGCCCUCUCUAAAUGUGCUAAUCUUGAGGUGCUGCAUUUGGUGAAGACACCCGAAUGCACAAACAUAGGGCUUAUGGCUGUCGCGAAGAAAUGUAGGUUGCUUAGGAAGCUCCACAUUGACGGAUGGAAGACUAAUAGGAUAGAUGAUGAUGGAUUGAUUGCUGUGGCUAAUAACUGCCCUAAUCUGCAAGAAUUGGUCUUGAUUGGUGUGAAUCCGACAAGAUUGAGCUUGGAGAAGCUGGCUACGAAUUGUCAGAGUUUGGAGAGAUUAGCCCUUUGUGGGAGUAAAACUGUUGGAGACACGGAGAUAUCGUGCAUUGCUGCAAAAUGCUUCGCACUGAAGAAGCUGUGCAUCAAGAGCUGUCCGAUGUCGGAUCAUGGCAUGGAGGCGUUGGCAGGGGGGUGCCCUAAUCUGGUGAAGGUGAAGGUGAAGAAGUGUAAGGGGGUGACGUCUGAGGGAGCGGAUUGGUUGAGGGCGAACAGGGGUUCUCUUUCCGUGAAUUUGUAUGCUGUUGAGCCUGAACUGCCAGAGGCAAGCAUUAGUGAGCAGGAAGUUGUUGAUGCUGCUGAUGUUGAUGCUCCACUGGGUGGGAGAAGUGGAGACCCUAGCAUUGCAUCAAGCAGCAGCAGCAGCAGCAGCAACGGGAGGUUCAUUUCGUUCAAGAUGAGGCUAGGGUCUUUCUCAAGGAGAGGCUUGGUGAUGUGCACAUUCAAGAGGUGGCCGAGCUUUGGUGGUAGAUUGAGGAGCAGCUUCGGAAGGGGCUGAUGCCGGUAACUCCAUGCGUUCGAUUGUGUGACUGGUUAUUUUCAAAGUUCAUGGAUUGAUGUGUUUUUGAGAAGUAUUAACAAUGGCUCAUUCGAUUUGAUUAGGGAAGGGGAAAAAGGCCUUUGCAUUCCCUUACUGCAUUUGACUUUAAGAACUUGGUGGUUGUUUAUUUGCUAUAGUUUUGGUUGUUGAUUUGGUAUGUUUUGUUUAUGAAAACAAAUUAUGCACUUA